CUCAUCUUUGCCCCAAACAUAAACAUUUUUUUCUCAAAAUAUUCCCUCCAUCAUGGUGCUCAACAACCCUCAGCUCCAUCGUGUUGUUACCUUCUCCAACAAGGUAUUCAGAAAGGAUAAAGAGUUCUCUCGAUAUGUACAACGCUUUUGUGAUCGUGCUAUUUAUCCUUCCUUCACCAUCCACCCGUCUUCCUUUUCAAGGUACGACAUGGAUAUAUCUGCCUUGAUUCGCAACCUUGAUUGGGAGUCCUUGUUUGAAGAUCAAUGGUUCACCUAUUGCCCCGAGGCUGUGAGGUUGUUCUAUGUGAACCUCAAACGUGGGUCUGGGCCUGAUCUCUAUUCCUUCAAAACCACGGUAGAAAACCUUGAGAUCACAGUCACUGCUGACCUGCUUGCCAGUGAACUAGGGUUGCCACACAACGGACUCAAGGCAGGUUAUGAUGGGCAGUUUCGUGACUAUAAUUUUGACUACCAUCAUGUCGAGAACUCACUAGUGCAUGAUAUUGGUCGAUACUUUGCCAAUAAACUUGAUGCUGGCCGUCUUCCCGAUGAUCUGCGUGUACUCCACUUUUUCAUCACUUCGGAUCCUCCUUCCCAAAUCUCUAUCAAGUGCCACCCUACUGCACACAUCCGAUCUCUGGAUCCUCCAUCAUGCACGUUCUUGCCAGCCUAUCAGCUAUGCAUCCCUGGUCUUCUGCCAUCUUGUCAACUCGUCUCGAAGCCAGCGUUGGACCCCGCAAGCCUGUCACUAGCUCAGGGGGGAGAGGUUGCUGCUUUGGUCAAAGCUCUAGUGUCUGCUGCUGAAGUGGUUGUCGACCGCGAGUUAACUAGUUUCUCCAGUGAAAACUUUAAAGGGAAGCGAAAGAUUCCAGUAACUACUCUGACAUCUCUGUCUACUCGGUUGAAACUCAUCAGAGAUGGAGGCGGAGCAAGCUCCUCCGGUAUCAGGGAGGAGGACGAAGCUGUCGAAGAACCUGAAGACACUGGGGACAUCUCAGAUUAUGACUCCCCUCCUCAUUACCCCUUUUAGAUUUAGCCUUAAGUCUCUUUUAGGUUUCUGUCUAGUUUCUAGGUCUAAGUUACCUAGAACAAAAGCUGCCCUAGUUGUUCCCUGUACUGCUUCUCAAUUUCUCUAAUGAAUAAAGUGGCAUCUU